CGCGCUGGCGGCGGGGCUGGGGCUGCUGGCCGCUUCCGUCGCCCUGCUGGGACGGGAGCUCUCCGGGCCGGGGAGCGGCGGUUGGCCCGGCUGGGCCCUGCUGCCGCCGCUCCGCCUCGCCCUGUACGCGGGCUGUGCCGCCGCCGCCGCCUCGCUGGGCGCGUUGCUCGGCCUGCUGUGGCGCGGCCGCCGCCUGCCGCCACCGAGCUUCCCCGCCGCCGCCGCUGACAUGCCGCUGCCGCCGAGUAAUUGGACUGGGAGCUCCCACGAUGCAGUUCAGAUAAGGAGGGUGGUCAUUUCUCACAACAUGGAUAAGGCACUGAAAGAAGUGUUUGACUACAUCUACAGAGAUUACAUCCUGUCCUGGUAUGGGCAGCUCAGCAGAGAUGAAGGGCAGCUGUACCAGCUGCUGUCGGAAGACUUCUGGGAGAUUGCCAAGCAGCUGCGACUGAGGCUGAGUCACAUUGAUGUAGUUAAAGUCGUCUGCAAUGAUGUAGUGAAAGCUUUACUCACGCACUUCUGUGACCUUAAAGGAGCCAGUGCCAGGCAGGAAGAUCCACCGAGACCUUUUUUGUUGCACCCAUGCUUGAGGAACUCUGAUGAAGAAGUAAGGUUCCUGCAAAAAUGUUCUCAAAUUCUGGUGUGUUGUCUUCUACCCUCAAAGGAUGUCCAGUCUGUCAGCUUGCGCAUAGUCCUUGCAGAAAUACUUGCAACAAAAGUACUGAAACCAGUGGUGGAACUGCUGGGUGAUCCAGAUUAUAUCAACCAAAUGCUACUCAGCCAGCUGGAGUACAGAGAACAGAUGAAUGAGCAUCAGAAGAAAGACUACACAUAUGCUCCUUCGUAUGAGGAGUUCAUCAAGCUGAUUAGCAGCAACACUGAUGUUGAAUUCCUGAAACAAUUGAGGUAUCAGAUUGUAGUGGAAAUAGUUCAGGCAACCACAAUCAGCAAUUUUCCCCAAGUGAAGAGGCAGAAAGAUUCAAAAGGGAAAGAAACUGCAGCAAUGAAAGCUGACCUGCUGAGAGCUCGCAACAUGAAGAGGUAUAUUAAUCAGUUGACAGUAGCAAAGAAGCAAUGUGAGAAGAGAAUAAGGAUCCUGGGGGGGCCUGCUUAUGAUCAACAGGAAGACGGCUUUUCUGAUGAAGGAGAUGGCUCUCAGAGUCAGAAGAUUCUUCAGUUUGAAGAAAUUUUGGCCAACCCUUCAUACCGAGAGCAUUUUCGAAUAUAUAUGGACAGAAUGGAUAAGGUGGCUUUGAUUGAUCUGUGGGAGUCUGUGGAGAACCUGAGGAGUGCUAACAAGGCUGAAAUACCUCAGCUGGUGAGUGACAUUUACCAGAAUUUUUUUGUGGAAAGCAGAGAAAUACCUGUGGAAAAAUCACUUUAUAAAGAAGUAGAGCAAAGUCUUGUGGGUAAUAAAGGCAUUGAAGUAUUCUACAGAAUUCAGGCAGAUGUUUAUGAAACUCUGAAGGACAGAUAUUACCCCUCAUUUAUCGUCAGUGAUUUAUAUGAGAGAUCAGUCAAGAAGGAAGAAGAAAGAAGUUCUGUCCAAGUAACUCCUGAGGACAAAGACGAAGCUAGCCAAGGUUGUGGAGAAGCUACUGAAGAAUGCAGCACAGGAAUUAAUGAACAGGCCAGUUAUGCUGUAAAUAAGCUUCGCCAACUAAACGACAAGCUUAAAUAUAAGAAACAGGCUCUAAAUUCCAUAUGUAAUUCACCAAAACCCAACAAAAAGAUUGUUUCUAAGCUGAAGGAUGAGAUCACUCUGAUGGAGAGAGAGCAUAACGAUCUUCAGUUGCACAUUGCAAGAACAGACUGGUGGUGUGAGAAUCUUGGCAUGUGGAAAGCCUUCAUCAUCUCAGGCGAGGUUUCAGAAGAGAAUGGAGAACAAGUGCCCUGUUACUCUGUCCUAGUGAGUUUACAAGAAGUCGGUGGAGCUGAAACUAAGAACUGGACUGUUCCCAGGAAGCUCAGUGAGUUUCAGAACCUACACCGGAAGCUCAGUGAGUGCUUUCCAUCAUUAAAGAAAGUUCAGUUGCCUUCACUCAGCAAGCUGCCCUUCAAAUCCAUAGACCAGAAGUUCAUGGAGAAGUCUAAGAACCAGCUUAAUAACUUUCUGCAGAAAUUGCUCUCUGAUGAAAGGCUCUGUCAAAGUGAAGCACUUUAUGCCUUCUUGAGCCCCUCUCCAGAACACCUCAAAGUGAUUGAUGUGCAAGGGAAAAAGUCAUCUUUUUCACUCUCAUCAUUUUUAGAGCGACUUCCUUGUGACUGGUUUUCUCAUCAGGAGGAAGAAAUUGAAGAGGACAGUGACCUGUCGGACUAUGGGGAAGAGGUGGAUGGAAAAAGGGACUCUAUUGCUGAGCCGUGUUUCAUGCUGAUUGGGGAGAUUUUUGAGCUGCGAGGAAUGUUUAAGUGGGUGAGAAAAACAUUAAUUGCACUAGUACAAGUCACUUUUGGAAGAACCAUCAACAAGCAAAUCCGUGACACUGUACACUGGAUGUUCAGUGAAGCAAUGCUUGUUUACUAUAUUGGCGUGUUUCGAGAUGCUUUUUGGCCAAAUGGAAGACUAGCACCACCACCAACUGCCAAGAGUGAUGAACAAAGGCAAGAGACCAAACAGCGAGCACAGCAAAAACUACUUGAAAACAUUCCAGAUACUCUGCAGAGCCUCGUUGGACAGCAAAAUGCCCGCCAUGGUGUAGUGAAAGUGUUCAAUGCACUGCAAGAAAGAAAGGCCAACAAGCAUCUACUCUAUGUUUUGCUGGAACUGCUGCUAACUGAACUGUGUCCUGAGCUACGAGCUCAUUUAGAGCAGCUUAAUGCCACUUAGGUUUGAAUCUGCACAAGUGGACCACUAGAGAAAUGUCUAUGUCCAAUAAUAGACAUUAAACUUAUUUUCCUCUUUUCCAUAGAGGGCUGAGGACUAUGAUUAUUUUUAGGGUUUUUCUUUUUCCUCUCGAGAUUUUUUUUUUUUGUGAAGUAAACAUACUUGAAAAGAUCUGAUGCUGUAGUAGGGUAGACAAAACAAUGUUGUAUAGUUGCCAAUUUUUAUUUAAAUUGUUCUAUUUGACUACUCUUCUGUUUCAAAUAUAGAUUGAAAAAUAAAUGUUCAUAUAAGCUCAAAGAAACCAGAAAUAUUUUAAACAUUUAUGAAAAGAAGUUUUGCUUAUAGUGGUAAACUAAUGAAUGUUGUACAGUUCUAAUCUCCUCGCUGAGGAUUUGAGCAUUCCUUUUUUCUUGUGCAUUGAAAAAGCCUUGUUGUGCAAUAUUACAUGUAAAGCUAUUGUGAAAAUUUUAUCAAUUUUGUUUUUACCAAAGAUUUCCUGUAGUUUGAAGCACUUGUAAGCAAUAAAUAACAAAAUUCAAUUUCAGUAUUUGAUGAUUAGGCUGUACUAACAACUACUGAAUGAGUUUGACAGUGCUAGUUUCAUACGGAGUAUUUACGUUUUACAGACUUACUGGAGUCUGUGUACAAAAUACACAUUUUAAACUGGUAUCUCCAACCAGAAUGCCUGUGCUAAACACAGGGUCAGAGAUUAGUGCUUCUGUGAAUGAGUAAGUAGACAUUCAAUUACACUAUUCCAAUAGCUUCCCUGAUAUUACUCAGGGCUCUUUUACUCAGUUUCAGGCAACCUUCAGAACUUUCCCUUAUUUUAUACAAAGGAAAGAAAAAUGAAACAUCUUCAGUGUUUUUUUAUGUAAAAAAUGUGUAAAUAUGGUCUUAAAGCUCAUCUAAACAAUUAAACAUCAAAAAGCUC